AUGUCCAAACCUCUCAUCAACCACAUCUAUACAGCAGACCCCUCCGCCCAUGUUUUCAAAAACAAACUUUACAUUUACCCCAGUCAUGAUCGUGAAACAGACAUCGCUUUCAAUGACAAUGGCGACCAAUAUGACAUGGCUGAUUACCACGUCCUCUCAAUGGACUCAAUCACCAGCCCCGUAACCGAUCACGGUGUUGUCCUCCGCGACAAAGAUAUCCCCUGGGUCUCCAAGCAACUCUGGGCUCCAGAUGCAGCCACAAAAAAUGGGAAAUUUUACCUCUUCUUCCCGGCCCGUGAUCACAAGGGUAUCUUCCGGAUCGGUGUAGCUGUCUCCGAUGCCCCGGAAGGUCCUUUCGUCCCCCAGAAGGAUUAUAUCCAGGGUACCUACAGUAUUGACCCUGCUGUCUUUGUUGAUGAAGAAGCUGGCGGUGAGGCAUAUCUCUAUGUCGGUGGUAUCUGGGGUGGACAGUUGCAGUGUUGGGUUGAAGGGAAAGAUAUUGAGAAUGGGGAGUGGGUUGAUGGGGAUGAGGGUGGUGAGGGUGGAAAGAAGAAGAGACUUGUCUUCGAUGAGAGUAUGUCUGGGCCUCAGGAGCCAUCUGGAGAGGGUGUGAAGGCGCUUUGUCCCCGUGUUGCUCUGUUGAGUGAUGAUAUGCUUUCGCUUGCCUCGUCCGUUAAGGAGGUGGUUAUUCUUGCCCCCGAGACGGGUGAGCCUUUGUUGGCCGAUGAUCAUGAGAGGAGGUUCUUUGAGGCUGCUUGGGUGCAUCGUUAUAAGGGAACUUAUUAUUUCUCUUACUCGACUGGUGAUACUCAUUUCUUGGCUUAUGCCACUGGUGACUCGCCUUAUGGUCCGUUUACCUACCGCGGACGCAUUUUGGAUCCUGUGCUUGGAUGGACAACUCAUCAUUCCAUUGUUGAGUUCCAGGAGAAGUGGUACUUGUUCUAUCAUGACUGUGAACUUUCAAACGGAGUCGAUCAUUUGAGAUCGGUGAAGGUUAGGGAGAUUGUUUAUGAUGAUGAAGGAGCUAUUCAUCUUGCUGAGAAACAGACUCCUGUUCAAUAG